UAUUUUGACUGAUAAAUAGCAACUACGACGGAAGAAACUAAAUUACACCCCUGUUUUUUGGUUAAAACCCCGAAAAAAUCAUAGCCUCACAAUGGUAAAAAUGACUGCUGCAACUGUUCUUCCAUUCAUUGCUGAAAUAUUUACAAGAGUCGGGUUUGUCUGUACUUGUCUAUUCAAUGCAAUCCUGAUUUAUCUUACCGCAUUCCAUGUGGAAAAAAUAACAGGGGCUUAUAAACAUCUGAUCAUCCUGUUUUCCCUGAUCUGUAUGUCAUUUUCUUGUCUCGAAGUACUGGCUCAUCCAUAUUUGCACAGUUUCAAUUCAGGAUUUAUUUAUUUUAGUCUGAAUGACUAUCUUGGAGCCUCACAGAAACUGCUCAGAUUCUUUAUUGAAGCCUAUUCAGGAGCCUAUGCAAGCAUCAUGUGCAUGCUCGCCGUUCAGUUUGUCUUCAGAUAUGCCAUCUUGAUGAACCGUCGAACCUUAAUCUCCUCGUUCACUGGAUGGAACUUCCUUAUCUGGAUCCUCUAUCCGUCGUCUUUUGGCGUGACUUUCGGUUUCAUGACCCAUUUUUGCGCUCAAGCAGAGCCAUAUUCCGAUGAUUAUAUGAAAAAAGAGCUCUACGGAGUCUAUAAUUUGGAGAUCAAUGAAACGGCCCGCUUCAUUGUUAUCGCUUAUAAUGCUGAUGGAACCAUGCGAUGGUUUAAUUUGAUAUUUUUGUUCGGAUCCAUGAUAAUUCUCGGUUUCCAGUACGCCGUGAUUAUCUAUUGCGGGGUUCAGAUGCAGAAGAAAAUGAAGAAGGAAAUGGCAAACUUCUCAGUGAGCAAUGGAAACUUGCAGCAACAAUUCUUCAAGGCUUUAGUUGUACAGAUAACUCUUCCCACCCUCCUCUUCCACCUUCCGGCUCUUCCAGUCCUAUUCACCCCGUUCUUCAAUGUCAGCUUCACGUUUCAAACCGGAUUUAUCUACGCAGUAUUUAGUCUCUACCCUCCAAUUGAGACGAUUGCUUUCAUGAUAAUUGUUAAGGAAUACACAAACAUUUUUAGAAAAAAAGUGCUACGAAGACCUUCAGCUCCAGAUUUUCGGAAGCGAUCAUCGGAUAUUAGCGUUUUCUGAUCAGAAGUGUAUGGCUUAGGCUUAGGCUCAGGCUC